CAUACAAAAAGAAAAAAAGAAAAAAAGAAAAAAAAAAGGGCGCCUGAAUCUCUCUCUCUCCGAUGGAGGAAAAUACUUUCGAACCUGAUCUUGUUCAUGCCAUUUUCAAGCUCGUCUGGUCCAGUAGAGCUCUCGAGCGUCAAAUGAUUGAAGGCACCGAUGCUUUGGACUGCGAGGUAGGAGCUGGAACAUCUAAGAAAAAUCGCCCCACAUCAGCUAAUGGGAAUGCCGUAAAACUGAGUUGUGAACUUCUCCGUAACUUUGUCACAGAGUCUGUGCAGCGCGCUGCUACAAUUGCUGAAGCAGAGGGUGUGAGUAAGAUUGAAGCAACUCACUUGGAGCGGGUUCUCCCACAAUUGCUUUUGGAUUUUUGAGGUCUCAAAACUUGCCCGACUUGAAACAAGAGCCUGGACAAUUAUAUUCUCGGAAGCAUCUACAAGAAGAAUGUUUCUUAGGAACCACACCUUGUACGAGAUUGUUGUUUUGCUAAUACGCCCUCACUUUGCCAUUUUUAAGCUAGAAUACUCCCUUGUAUUUCUGCUGAAAAUCUUGAGAGAUGGGAGAUGCAAGGUUUAUGGCGUAUAUGAGCAGGCCAUUUUGUUUUCUUUUCCUUUCUGUUAUAUAUGAAUGAGUAAACGGAAUUCGAUAUGUAGAUUUC